UGAGAAGAGGUCCUCUGAAUGUCAGAAGGAGGGUCCAUGUUCAUCUUCUCCCUCAGUUUGGAGAAAAAAAGUACAGCAGCAGAUGGUUACACCAGUUCAACAAUCGAGAUCUGAAGGUUUACUGCCGCAGACUGUUACACAGGUUCAACCACUGAAAUCUGUAGAUUCACUGCCACAGAUGGUUACACCAGUUCAGCCAUCGGUUGUAGAUUCACUGUGCCAAAUGGUUGGGUCGGUUCAAAUAUCAGACUCUCUAGACUCCAGGAGCACUUCAUGUGCCUCCGAAUCCGUUGUGGGGUCUGGUCCAGGAGCUGCUCCUUUUGAUAUAUGCAGGGGUGUCAGCAAAUGCUCUGUAGAGGUUAAACGUUCUUUACUGGACAUCAACAGGGAAAAACGGCGUGCAAAAGAACUUGCAAAAAGUGCAAAUGCAUUGCAACAUUUGAGACCUGGGAUGGUUCUGUUGAAAAACUUCUUAAAGCCUGAUGAUCAGGUUAAAAUUAUCAAACAAUGUCGGGAACUUGGUGUUGGCACAGGAGGAUUUUAUCAACCUUGCUACAAAGAUGGUGCUAAGUUAAGUCUACGGAUGAUGUGCUUAGGGAAGAACUGGGAUCCAGAUUCAAGCUCAUAUGUGGAUAGACGACCCUUUGAUGGUGCUCAGCCACCAAAGAUACCAGAAGACUUGACUAAGGUUGUCAAAGAUGCCAUCGAUGCUUCUCAUUCAUUCUUGGAACAAAGUGGUGGUCAAGGAACUUCCAAUCCUUUGAAAGAAAUUCCUCCGAUAUCACCAGAUAUCUGCAUUGUUAACUUCUACACCACUGCCGGGAAAUUAGGUCUUCAUCAGGACAAAGAUGAAACAAAAAACAGUCUUGUCAAGAAUCUGCCUGUUGUUUCGUUUUCAUUGGGUGACACUGCGGAGUUCUUGUAUGGUGACGCAAGGGAUGAAGCCAAGGCUUCAAAGGUUAAACUUGAAUCUGGUGAUGUUCUAAUAUUUGGCGGUCAAUCAAGGCACAUAUUUCAUGGGGUUUCUACCAUUACACCAAAAACUGCGCCGACCUACGUGACUGAGGAGGCGAAUCUUCGACCUGGGCGUCUGAACCUCACAUUCAGGCAGUAUUAGUUGUAUCUCCCAUUAAGCUAAGUGCAAGUAGAGGGCACUCUUAUUAUGUAUUAAAGUGCCCUGUUAGUAAAAUUCAGCAAGAGCACUCUAUCUAGCUAUUGCAAAACCUGGGUCGCCUGUUGCUGUGUGCAAUAUAUUUGCUCGACACUUUCAAUAUUUUGGAUUCAUCUUGUAUGCAAAUCCAUGGAUAUAAGCUAUAUG